AGCCGAUGCCGUGCUCUUCAAUCAUUCCAUCAUGCUCUUCUCACUUUUCGCUUUUCUUGUAAUCAGCUGUCAAGCAGCAUCAGGCGUCAACGGACCAUUGACUACAGAUUUUCAGAAUUGGCUGAAAAUUAAUGGUUAUGACAGCUAUGAUUUCGUUCGAAGCGAUUAUGGAGUCAAAGGAAGUUAUGGUGGUUUUACUAAAACCAUCACUAAAGCAAGUAAAACUCCUGUAAUAUUUAUUCAUGGAAACUCUGACAGUGCACUUAAAACAUCAUCAAUGGCCACAGGUUGGGACAACACCAUUUCAUACUUUUCAACUCAAGGAUUUACUUCUGCGGAAUUAUAUGCCACAUCUUGGCAGGAUACAAAUUCUCUAAAAGCUGAAACAAGAACACAUGAUUGCAAAGAUCUGACUCGUCUACGAAAAUUCUUUGAAGCUGUUCUAGCAUACACAGGAUAUGCUAAAGUAUCGGUGAUCAGUCACAGUAUGGGAGUGACUCUUGGAAGAAAGGUUAUACAAGGUGGAAUUGUGAAUGGGACUGAUGGAAACUGCAAUUUGGGAGUAUCAAUCAGUGGCAAAGUUGAUGUGUUCGUUGGAAUUGCUGGUGCUAACUAUGGUCUUUGUGGAUGCGCAGGAACAGUCGGCUUGUUUGCUCCCACUUGCAACAAAAAGAAUGGCUUUUGGCCUGGAGAUUCGUGUGGAGGCUAUACAUCAUCAUUCUGUGGUUAUUCAUCUACUCCCUGCAAUGGAAUUUCCAAAUACUCGAACCUUCUCAAUGAUAUGAACAACUCGAACAAAAAGGAAGCCUCUUACAUUUUCAGUACUUGGAGUAAAGCCGACGAUCUCAUUGGUAACAGUGAUAUUGUAUGGGGCCGACCAACUUCUCUCAUCCCACUCAGCGACGGAAAGAUCAUUUACGAAAAACUAACUCAUAUGCAAAGCAAAGAAAACACAGCGAUCGACCAGUACAAAAUGGUCACUUCUAAGAAAGUCUGA